GCAAUAAAUGGAGUGUGAAUAGAAUUUUGCCUUUCAAAAUACCCUCUUCCCACGCUUUGCUGUUAGCCGUCCAUUUCUCCAGACCAACGGUCCAGAUUCCAAAGAAGCCCCCAGAUCGCACCGGUCUUCAAUUUCUCUGCUUUCCAUCUUGUCUUCUUCAAGAGCUGUUACUGUUAACGCUUGCUUGGUUUCACAUUUAGAGCGAUUUUCCCAUAAUUUUUCUUGUGUUUUCCGGGGAAAUAUUUGAACUUUCUGGAAGUUUGAGCAGUUCCCACAACUGGGUCCGUGCCAAAAACUUUCUGGGUAUGUUUGGAUAGUGCGAUUUCUUCGAAAUGCCAGUGUCAACAAGGUCUCAGAUCUUCGAGCAAAAUGAAUCCAAUCCGGACCAUAGAACCCGACCCGGGAACCGCCAAGAUGAGACCCGCAUUGGUCUUCCAUCAAGAAACCCACACCACGGCCUCAAGGAGAAGAUGAAAGCUCUAACACUCUUGUAUGAGCAGCAGAAGCAAGCUUCAAUGGCGCUCAAGAACCCCUCCUCCAAGCCUCAAGACCAGCGCUUUUCCACUCAUCCCAGCGUCGAGCUUCUCAAUUCCAUAAAAGCCGAAGAAAACAAACCAAAACAAGGCAAUGUGAUGAAAGAAAACACUUUGCCCAAUUCCACAAUUACAAGAACUUUCGUCUUGCCACUCCCUCCAGUUGAUGACGCCAAGGAAAAUGUGAUCGCGGGUGUCGAUCGCAUUGUGGGGUUUUCGUGUCCAAGAAGGGCUCCGGUCUCCAACAAUGUGGCUCGGAAGCUGUCGAUGGUGGCUUCGGAGCCUAGAGGGAUUGGAGGGACAAAGAAUGUGCAAGAAUUGGAGGCUAUUUCGGAGAGACCCGGAAUUGGGAGUAGAAUUCUUGUUUUUGUGAGGCUUAGGCCUAUGGCCAAGAAGGAGAAAGAGGCUGGAUCGCGGUGUUGUGUGAGAAUCGUAAACCGGCGUGAUCUUUAUCUUACCGAGUUUGCCACUGAGAAUGAUUAUUUGAGGCUGAAGAGGCUUCGGGGAAGACAUUUCGCAUUCGACGCUUCCUUCCCGGAUUCAGCAACGCAGCAAGAGGUUUAUUCCACUACAACUGCAGAGCUAGUGGAAGCAGUAUUGCAAGGGAGGAAUGGGUCAGUGUUCUGUUAUGGUGCCACAGGAGCUGGAAAAACAUACACAAUGCUGGGUACAGUAGAGAAUCCAGGAGUGAUGGUUUUGGCAAUAAAAGAUCUCUUCACCAAGAUCAGGCAGAGGAGCUGUGAUGGGAAUCAUGUGGUUCACCUCUCCUAUCUUGAGGUCUAUAAUGAAACUGUCAGGGAUUUGCUUGCCCCUGGAAGGCCUCUUGUCCUGAGAGAAGAUAAACAGGGGAUUGUAGCAGCAGGUCUUACACAAUACAGAGCUUAUUCUACAGAUGAGGUGAUGGCAUUGCUUCAACAAGGAAACCUAAACAGAACUACUGAACCAACCCGUGUCAAUGAAACUUCUUCACGGUCCCAUGCUAUUCUGCAGGUUGUGGUUGAAUACAAAAUUAAAGAUGCUUCUAUGAAUAUCAUUAAUCGGGUGGGGAAGCUGUCACUGAUUGAUCUUGCUGGGUCUGAAAGAGCUCUUGCAACUGACCAGAGGACGCUUAGAUCACUUGAGGGUGCCAACAUAAAUAGGUCGCUCCUUGCACUGAGCAGCUGCAUCAAUGCCCUUGUGGAAGGGAAGAAGCACAUACCCUACAGGAAUUCAAAGCUCACCCAACUCCUCAAGGACUCUUUAGGAGGAGCUUGCAACACUGUGAUGAUUGCCAAUAUUAGCCCAAGCAACCUCUCAUUUGGAGAAACUCAAAACACCCUUCACUGGGCUGAUCGAGCCAAGGAGAUCCGGAACAAGGCAUGUGACACCAAUGAAGAAAUACAGCAAUUACCUGAAUCUGAAGCUGAUCAGGCCAAGCUAUUACUUGAAUUGCAGAAAGAGAACAGAGAAUUACGAGUACAGCUUGCACGCCAGCAACAGAAAGUUCUAACCCUUCAAGCACAGUCCUUGGCUGCAAACUGCUCUCCAACCCCGUCUUCAGUUACAUCUCUGUUGUCUCCUCCAUCUUCUAUUCAACCAAAUGAAAAACGGAAACCCAGAUCCUCCUUCUUAGCUGGAAACUGUUUCACACCAGAAUCGAAGAGAAAAGGAGCAGAGGAGACAGUUAGAGAGCUUCAGCGGACUGUGAAGGCAUUAGAAGCAGAAAUGGAGAGAAUGAAAAAGGAUCAUGUGUUUCAGCUAAAGCAGAAGGAUGAUUUUAUACGCGACCUUUCAAGGAAAAGUGGAAAACAAUCAGAGGGAGUUGUAGUAGGCCAAGGGGUGAAGAGGGUUGUUACAAGAGCGAGCUUGCGCCCUAAGGAACCAACUGGUGGUGAGUUGAAGAGCCCAAGUCAUCGGUUUCUGUCUCCAGCACCAACAGCUAAGAAACGAAGUUUCUGGGACAUAACUACAGCUAACAGCCCUUCAGUGGCCACUUUAAAUGGGAGAAAAACAAGAAGCCAUGUCAUUUCCGAGCCUGCUGCAGCUCCCUCAAUGCUUCUUCAGCUUGCAUAUCCAUGUUUCUGGUUUGUGUUCAUGUUCGGACCACACAUGAUCAAUUGCAUCAACCAGCCGGGUUUUUACUCAUCAAAAGCCAACGCUUUGAAGCGGUAAAGCAGGAAAAGAGGGCAAAGGAGGGAGUGAGAAAAGGACAGAUAUGUGAUCAAAAGGUGCGGAGACAGUGGCUUUUCAUUUGUGAUUUUUCUUCCUUAAGACAAGCUUGCUUGCUCAACAUGGAAGAAGAUAUAGCUUGGUAGGCAGUGUUCCUCCUGGUUUUAUUUCAUGUGAUCAGCCAAGCUCCAUAAAGGAGAUUUGUAUUGCUUAUUAUGUCAUUCUUUUCUAAACUGAUUUCUUCACUUUAGGUCAUUAAUCCAUAUCUCAUGAGCCAACCUUUUACACCGCUGCCUUACUUCGAGCUAUUAGGGCAUUUGAGAUUAGUGAAAAUGAAAUUAUAAAUAUUUCUUUCUUUAGCAUUAUAUGUGAGCAUUUUUCAUUUGAUUACCA